AUGCCCCGCAGCCCCGGGACGCGCCUCAAACCCGCCAAGUACAUCCCGGUGGCCACGGCGGCCGCGCUGCUGGUCGGCUCCAGCACCCUGUUCUUCGUAUUCACGUGCCCAUGGUUGACACGCGCCGUGUCCCCAGCCGUCCCCGUCUACAAUGGCAUCCUCUUCCUCUUUGUCCUGGCCAACUUCAGCAUGGCCACCUUCAUGGACCCUGGCGUCUUCCCCCGAGCGGAUGAGGACGAGGACAAGGAGGAUGACUUCCGGGCCCCGCUGUACAAGAACGUGGAUGUGCGGGGCAUCCAGGUCCGUAUGAAGUGGUGCGCCACCUGCCACUUCUACCGCCCGCCGCGGUGCUCCCACUGCAGCGUCUGCGACAACUGCGUGGAGGACUUCGACCACCACUGCCCCUGGGUCAACAACUGCAUCGGGCGCCGCAACUACCGCUAUUUCUUCCUGUUCCUGCUGUCGCUCAGUGCGCACAUGGUGGGCGUCGUCGCCUUCGGGCUGGUCUACGUGCUGAACCACGCGGAGGGGCUGGGCGCCGCCCACACCACCAUCACCAUGGCCGUCAUGUGUGUGGCCGGCCUCUUCUUCAUCCCCGUCGUCGGCCUCACGGGCUUCCACGUGGUGCUGGUCACUCGGGGCCGCACCACCAAUGAGCAGGUGACAGGGAAGUUCCGUGGGGGCGUGAACCCCUUCACCCGCGGCUGCUAUGGGAACGUGGAGCAUGUGCUGUGCAGCCCCCUGGCGCCCCGGUAUGUGGUGGAGCCGCCCCGGCUGCCGCUGGCUGCUCGCCUGAAGCCGCCCUUCCUUCGGCCAGAGCUCCUGGAGCGAGCGCCACCACUCAAGGUCAAGCUUAGUGACAAUGGGCUGAAGGCUGGCCUGGGCCGCAGCAAGUCCAAGGGCAGCCUGGACCGGCUGGAUGAGAAGCCCCUGGACCUGGGGCCGCCACUGCCCCCUAAGGUGGAGGCCGGCACGUUUGGCAGCGACCUGCAGACCCCGCGCCCGGGCAGUGCUGAGAGCGCCCUGUCGGCGCAGAGGACCAGCCCCCCGACACCUGCCAUGUACAAGUUCCGGCCCGCCUUUCCCACGGGUCCCAAGGCGCCAUUCUGCGGGCCGACUGAGCAGGUCACGGGCACCGACUCCCUGACACUGGGGGAGGACAGCAUCCACAGCCUGGACUUUGCAUCGGAGCCCAGCCUGGACCUGCCCGACUACCCACCCCUCAGCGCGGCCGACACCUUCUCAGGCGCCCUGCGCUCCCUGAGCCUCAAGGCGGCCAGUCGGCGGGGCGGGGACCACGUGGCCCUGCAGCCCCUGCGCUCCGAGGGUGGGCCCCCCACGCCCCACCGCAGCCUCUUUGCCCCCCACGCGCUGCCCAACCGCAACGGCAGCCUGUCCUACGAUAGCCUGCUGAACCCCGGCUCCCCCGGGGGCCAUGCCUGCCCGGCCCACCCCACAGCCGGCGCCCCCAGCUACCGCUCACCCUACCUGCACGCAGGGGUGCCAGGCGACCCGCCACGGCCGCCGCCCCGCAGCUUCAGCCCGGUGCUGGGCCCGCGGCAGCGGGAGCCCUCGCCAGUGCGCUACGACAACCUGUCCCGGACCAUCAUGGCCUCCAUCCAGGAGCGCAAAGACAGGGAGGAGCGGGAGCGGCUGCUGCGCUCUCAGGCCGACUCGCUCUUCGGCGACUCGGGUGUCUAUGACACGCCCAGCUCCUACAGCCUGCAGCAGGCCGGCGUGCUGUCUGAGGGCCCUCGCGGCCCCGGGCUGCGCUGCAGCUCCCGGGACGACCUGGUGGCCGGGCCUGGCUUUGGGGGCGCCCGCAACCCUGCACUGCAGACCUCGCUGUCCUCGCUGUCCAGUGCGGUGAGCCGGGCACCACGGACCUCCUCCUCCUCCCUGCAGGCAGACCUGGCCACUAGCGGGGGCCCAGGGGCCCGGCCCGCCAGCGGCCCGCACAGGUCGCCAGUGCACCAGGUGCCCCCGUCCCCACCUGGCACCCCCUGCUCGCCCUCCUAUGCUGGCCCCAAGGCCGUCGCCUUCAUCCACGCAGACCUCCCGGAACCACCGCCCUCGCUGGCUGUGCAGAGGGACCACCCUCAGCUGAAGACCCCCCCAAGUAAGCUUAAUGGGCAGUCCCCGGGUCUGACCCGCUUGGGGCCGGCCCCCGGCCCCCCGGGGCCCUCCGCCAGCCCCGCCCGGCACACGCUGGUUAAGAAGGUGUCCGGCGUGGGUGGGACCACAUACGAGAUCUCUGUGUGAGGACCGACUGUCCCCCCUCCCCCCCCCGUCGCCGAGCACCAUGGGAACCACGACCCCCCUCGGCCACCCCUCCCAGCUUCUCUGCCCCUGGAGAGGAGGCCCAGGCCUGGCUCAGACGCCUCAGCGAGGAAAGCCAUGCCUCCGCAGCCCGUCCCUCGGCCACUCGUCCACACCUGCUCACCAGGCGCCGCGGGGCUGCAGGCCUGCGUGUUGGUGGUCCUGCUCCUGUGAGCUGGGGCGGCGAGGUGCACAGAGCGUGCCUGUGCCCCUGAGGUUGUCACCCGGCUGGCCCUACCCGCUUCCCUUCCGCGCGGGUCCCCAUGGCCCAGAGACGGACAGAGAGGCCUGAGCCCCUGGCCAAGGGCCCUGCCGCCCGGCUGCCCCGACCCCUUGCCUUUCAGGGACCUGCUGCAAGCUUGUAGCAUGGCAUGGCCAGUUCUCUCGCAGGGAGCACGGGCCCAGCCCACGGCACCCAGCUAUUCUGAUGGACAGGUGGACAAACGGACAGACGGACAGACAGCCAGCUAUGGGUGGGGUCCUGGCUCCGUGUGUCUCGUCUCGCCCCCGCUGGUGGGCGCGUCCCCACGUCUGUGCUCUGAGCUGCCAUGCCGUGUCCCACAUGUCAACGCUCGGGCCCCUGCCGUCCCCCUCCCCCAUCCCGCCUGGAAACAUGCUUUAAUUGAAGCCUUAACCUCUGCUUUAUGCUCUUGUGGGAGGCGACAGGGGCUGGGGGAGCAGACAGGAGGCCUGACGCCAUUCCUCGGGGCCCAGGCCACCCCAUGCCCCCUCCCUGCAAACUGAAGACCCCCACCCAAGGCACGCAAAGCCCAGGCCCCGCUGGAGCCUGGGGCCCACGUGGGAAGCACAUCGGGAGGGCUCGGAGUUUCGUCUGGUGCCAGGGACCCGAGAGUAAGCACACGGCAGCGUCCGCUUGCAUUUUGUCUGUUCUAUGUUUUUAUAUCUACAUCUAUAUAUCUAUAAUUUUAUUAAAAAAAGAAAAAGAGUCA